GUGAAUAAAAUACAAUAAUAAGCAGUUCACCAAACACGGGGAAGUAUGAGAAGGAAAACAAUACUUUCAGUUUUCAACAGUUCGCUGAAUAAAGCCCAUUUGUUUAGCUCAAUUGCCGUCAUAGAUGCGUAAAUCAGGACUGUAUCUGGUCAAGUCGCUGAUUUUGUUUUUUAUACACGGACAGGUCUUCGGGGGAGCCGGAACCACGGAACAACAUGACUUGCACCAGUUCUGCGAGUUUCCGGUCCAACCUGUUGGCGUCUACCCAUUCAACAAGCUACACCAAGCGAAUGACGUCACCAGUUACCAAGCAACGGGAAGGCACGUGGGCACAGAGUUUGCCCCGGGUGUCCAUGGCGAGCAGGAUGGAUCACUGCUGUUCAAGGGGAACGCAGGCUCAUAUAUUGAGCUGGACGAGGGAAGACUGGACGUCCGGCGGUCAAUAACGAUCUUGGUGCACGUGUUCCCUAUGGGAGGGGCGGGGCCGAUAGUGAACUAUAAGGUGGAUGGGUACGGGGUGCAGCUGUGGCAGAUGAGCGCGAUGGGCGUGGCGCAAACAGCGGCGAUGAUGGCGCGCGUUAAUAAGAGGAACUUGAUGUACACAGAGAGCCUUGAAAAGCAGGUUCUGCGAGGAAAUCAGUGGAACUAUGUCGGCCUCAGUUACAGUUGGGAGACUGGUGUUACAAUCUUAUGGCAUGACGGUAUCCCUGUGGUGCGCAAGAAUGUCGGUCGUCACACAGACAUAAUGACGCAGUUCAAAGUGCGCAUGGGCGCGCUAGGCGUCGCUGACCUCGGCAUGUACUACAAGGGGCGCGUGUCUUGUCUUCAGGUGUACCCCGAGGCGCUUCCACAGCGGCAGAUCACUCAUGCUAGAACAGCUUGCAGGCCGUAUACCCCUGUCACCUCAAUCAGCCUAGGGAUCAGCCCCACUGGAUCCGAGCGCGAACUUGGCGAAAACAUCACCAUGGUAGCGAAGAACCCAAACGGUACACGCUUUUACAGCUACUAUUUCAAUACCGGGGAUGGAAGCCCUGUGGUGACGUCAUACGAGCCUGCAAUCACCUAUCGAUACACCGCAUACGGUUCGUACGAGGCGACGGUCCAUAUCAACAGCACGUGCACGAACAACUUAUUAAAGGCAAAGGCGCUGAUAAAAAUACAGAAACCUGUGGUUGCAAUUGGCAACAUGACGGUGUCAUGUCAACCGACAGAGUACCUCAAGGCGAGCUCGUUUCAUUUAUUGAUCGCAAAUGGAUCGGAUAUCAAGUGCAUUUGGAGUUUUGGAGACGGGAAGGCCGACAAGAUGUUUGACCACGCCCAUGGGGGGAGCUUCAAACAGGACUACCAGUACUUAAACCCUGGAAAUUACUCAGUUGUGGUGACUUGCGGAAACCGCAAACGAAACAUUACACGCACAACAUUUGCCAUUGUCCAAGAAGUAAUCUCGAAACUAGAAAUCAAGCCCAUACCGGUGCAGAUUUAUAACCAAAGCUUUAAGAUCGAGUGGACAAUAGGAACCGGGAGUCAAGUAACGUAUACAGCAAGCAUUGCGAGAAAGGGACUUGAGGUAAUUACAAUUGACGUCAGUUCCGGUUACACCUGGGUAAGAGAUUUGAUUGGUGAAGGUAUCCAUGACGUCACUGUGACAGCAUUCAAUCAAAUCACAGGGACAGUGGAUGCAAUUUCUCAAGUGAGGAUUGUUAGAGCUGUUGCGGCGUUUGCGCCCGUGGUACUUAAUGUGAACAGGUUCAUUGAAGUUAAUGAUAGUGUUGAGGUUUAUUUUACCGAGGCUAACACCGUGAACGGAGCUAACCCGAUAUACCGGGUAGAUUUCGGGGACAAUUCGGAAACUACCGAGGUCACGACGACCAAAGUCACACAUCGCUAUAGACAGAGUGGGACUUUUGAGGUUUCCGUUCACGCUUACAAUAAUUACACAUUCUUCAAUGCCAGUGUCUCGGUGACGGUUGAAACGCCUGUUAUACUGAUCAGCGGACUUCUCUUGGAAUGUAAGGCGACGGCUCUUGGGAAUGAUACAGUAUUGUCAAUCAGCGGUCAAGGUUUCAACGUUAUGUGCAUGAUCAAUUUUGGAGAUAAUACAAGAAAAAAUAUUUCAAUAAGUAUUCUCAGAAAUCGUCAUAACGGUAACUCAUCUGCUAGCGUGCUUCGUCGUUAUAGAAGAACUGGGAUUUUUAACGUCGAGUUAUUUUGCUGGAACCGACUGAGUCGAGCAGAGGCGUCAACAUGGGUCACAAUCCAAGAAGCAAUAAAAAAUUCGCGACUCUAUUCCACAUCCUCGCAGGUUUAUGGCGCCCUUCUAAACAUAACAUGCGUAGUGAGUAGAGGGACGAAUGUAACGAUGGACGUCAGGAUGAAUGGGACGUUGAUGGGUGCAUGGUUAAAUGGUACAACGGGGACAGUACUUGUUCCCCCGAGCGUCUACAAAACCGCAGGAAAACACGCGUAUACUGUACGUUUAUCAAACCUGGUAAGCGCCUCUGAGGUAUUGCACGGUGUUGCUAUCAUCGAGUAUCCUCUAAGAGACUUAAGGCUAUAUGUCGUGAAGUCAUCAAAACACAUCGAGGUAAACGAGACAGUUCAAAUAGAUGUCAGGCUUAAGGGAAGUAGUCCCUUGUUUGAGUUCGAUUUUGGCGAUGGGACCCGCGUAUUGGCAAACUGGACAAGUCAUGCGCUUCAUAGGUAUCGUCAUCCCUCCGUGUUUAACGUGUCAGUUAUUGCAUACAACGCCAUAAGCCGGGUGAUGGCUUUCACCAGGAUACAAGUAGAGAAACCCGUACGUCUGUUGCAAAACAUGACCCUUGUUGUCUCUCCAACUGUGCUAGGGGAUAACACGGAGAUACAAUUGACUCUCGAACAAGGGUCAGAUUUUAAGUGUGAAUGGGACUUUGGAGAUGGAACUGUUAUAACAGUAAAUGCGACUGACAAUUUACACACCCACGAGACUAAACCAGGCGGGGCUUUGAGCUCAACGAAAGUGAGUUAUUGCAAAAGCCACGUAUACAAGUCAAGUGGGGUAUUCAUCAUUCUGCUUCGAUGCGAAAAUAGGUUAUCUGUGUUAGAGGAAUCGACUAAGGCAGUUGUCCAAGAACCUAUAAGUGGAUUUUCACUUCAUCCGAUCUUACCACAGGAAGUAGGAAGGGUCUUUAAUGUCACUUGGACCAUUGCACAAGGUACCAAUGUGUCAUUCCAAGUGGAUAUUCAAGGCGGAGAUGUAAUUUAUCUUACAAACAAUGGAAGUCUGUGGACGACAAGUUUGCAGGCGAGAAGCGACGGCGCGCACUGCUUAACGAUUAAAGGUGACAACCUGGUGACGUCAUUGGAGGAGAGUGUGACAUUCUACGCAGAGCACGUGAUCAGCGGUUUUAACGUGACAACAAUGCACGGUCUUAAAGAAAUUGAGGUCGAGAGAAAUGUUACUUUUAACGUAGAAGCUCCUUCCAAUAUCAGACCGUUGUUUGUGUUUGAUUUCGGGGAUGACGUUACCGUGACAACUCGUCUAAAGACUGUGACACACAUGUAUGGCCUGACAGACGCUAUGUCAGCGGGAAAACCGUUCAAACGCCUUUCUGUUACCAUUCAUGCGUUUAAUAACGUAAGCAGCGUGAAUAAAUCCUUGGCUUUGUCUGUAUUCAAGCCUGUAUUAGAGCUACGCGGCCUUCAUCUGAUUUCUUCUCCCGCGAACGUUUCAAUGGAAACCGUGAUAACGAUGAAAAUAUCGCAAGGAUCCGACUUUAACUGUACUAUCGAUUAUGGUGAUGGCGAAAUAGAGUUCAAAGAAUACACAAACUUGAUUUAUCUUGGUUCAGGACGCCAUGACGAAAAGUUCAAGGGUCUCACUUAUCAACUGAAGCAUACGUACGGCAAAAGUGGGUUCUUUGACAUCACGGCCACAUGCACCAAUAGGAUCACAACGGCUCAUGACGUCACUCGCAUUACCAUCCAAGAGCCAAUAAGAAACCUCCGAUUCAACAAAGUGGAACCAAUCAUAAACGGCAAAAGUUUUAAUGUUUCUUGGAAUCACGAAAAAGGUACGGAUGUCUCAUUUCAGUUGUACCUUGAAAACAUCUCCAUUCCUUGGUAUUUAUCGAAUACGAGUGCGGGAAUAGUUAGGCUGGGACCUGGCGAGUAUUUGAGAGCUGGCCAAUACUCGAUCGUUCUCGAUGCUCGGAAUUUGGUUUCUAGGAAAUCGAUAUCAUCGUUGGUUAUCAUUCAAGAUCCCGUGUCGAAAAUAAAUUUAAGGGUCUCGGAAGAUGGGCAAAACUUAAGGGGACUCAUGUCAAACCUUUUUCCUUCUGAGGAGAAUGUAACCAUAGAUGUGAUACACGAUAAAGGAACGGAUUUGUCGUAUUCAUGGAGUAUCAAUGGCAAAAGUUUCACCACAGAUGAGCCAAAAACUGUGGUUAGCUUUAGCUCUGUCGGGGAAUAUUGCAUACAUGUUACUGCUCGUAAUCUUGUCAGUGAAGUAAAAGGAAACAUGUCUUUCACUGUACACCAAAGCGUUCGUGAGUUACGCCUAUCGAGUAAUACCCCGAGAGUCGUGAACCAAACAGCUGUAUUUUUUAUCGGCACUCAAAGUAUGGGAACGCAAACUUGCUUUGUAGCUGAUAUGAAUGAUGGUACAUUGUACAGUAUCGGAGGUUUUCACUGUAUGUCUUCUUCAGAGAAAACAUUUUUGUACAGAGAAUAUAACUCAUCGAUGUCUUUUGAGCAUGUUUACAGCAAGGUCGGUAUGUUCAAUGUAACCGUAAACGCUUCUAAUGCCGUAUCAUUCGAGACAAGCAAAACAAAGAUUGAAAUCGUAGAUGUUUCUUGUGGCUUCCCGGAGGUUUUCAUUCUUAACCUGGGAGCAAGCAAUGCGACUGCGAUUGACAUAAUGCGCUCCAGGCCGUAUACAGUGAACACAGAUGUUAAAGUCAAUUGCAAGAAGUCUUCCAAUGUUUUAUUCUAUUGGAAGCUAAUGUAUGUUGAAGGCAACGGAAAACUCCAUAUUGUGAGGAUGCAAGUGACCGAGAAAGACAUGACUGACUCCGGAGACCUCGGGUAUCCGAGUCUGUAUAUACCGAACAGGAACCUCUCAUAUGGAUGGUACAAGGUCUCUUUCACGGCACAGAUGGCUGCUCCAGGUCUGGACGUCUUCCAAGCAACUACUGAGGGAUAUCUCAGAAUUAUAUCUUCACCACUGAUUGCUAUUAUAUCUGGUGGUUCGUCCAUAAGAAGGGGGUUUGGAAGGAACGUCACAUUUGAUGGGUCCAUGUCAAGGGAUGAAGAUGUGCCAGACAAUGAGGAAUCAGGUCUCCAGUUCACGUGGUUAUGUCACGUGCGACGUGCCAGUCUACCUGUCUACAUAUCCCGGAUGUUCCGGCUUUCUAUCAGGUCAGGCUUACACCUCUCUGUUCAAUCGAACCAGACUUCCACCGGAAGCUGUUACAGAGACGGGAAGUUUAUCCUCUCCAGCAGCGGCAAGACCUUCACACUCGUGACGUCGCGUAUGGUGGAGGACGAGGCGUAUGAAGUGACGUUGAUAGUCACGAAGGAAUCACGUGUUAGUCACGUAUCACAGACUCUCGAAGUGGCCAGCGGAGAUCCUCCUACAAUAGCGAUGAUAUGCGUGGAGAAUUGCAAGACGAAACUAAAUCCGUCCAAUCGGCUUGCCAUACAAGCACAAUGUACGGAAGGCUGUAAUGGUGGACUAACCUUCGAUUGGGAAGUCUACAUCGAAGAUGUUUUGGCGAACGACUGGAAACCACGAGAUGACAUCGCACAAGCCAACAGCGUCACCAACAAGCAUGGGCCCGUAUUUGCCGUCCCAAAGCACGCCUUUCAGAGUGGGGAGAUCUACCUUGUCCGAGUUUACGGACGACGCAAUGGUGGGACUUCGGGACGGACGGAAUAUCUAUUCACCACGAAUAGUUCACCUGAAGGAGGCGUAUGUUUCUCUGAGCCUACCGCUGGAGAGGCUUUGAUCACUAACUUUAAGAUCGUUUGCACGAACUGGACGGACUCGGACAAGCCUCUUAAUUAUGAGUUUUCGUAUAGUGAGAGCGGUAAGGAGGUAUUGCUCUCAUUCGGCAACGAUAGCACGAUAUUCUCAAAGCUUCCGCUGGGAGAAGCGAGAAAUAACUACUCUCUGGAGAUAAGUGCGAAAAUUAUCGACUUCUUCGGGGCUCAGGCACAUUUUACGUUCCUUAUUCAGUCUACAGAGCCUCAAAUUGCGGGAAAGGACCUCAGCGAUACUCUGACAUACAUGACUUCCGGUCAAGAUAGCGCCCUGGUCAAGAUGAUGGACAGCGGUAACUACCAAUCCGCCUGUCAACUGGCAAGUGCUGUGACGUCAGUUCUCAAUAGGCAGAUUGACAAGCCCGCGAGUCCUGGAGUCAACGCCGCGGAAAUGGUAGAGUCUAGGAAGAAGAUUCGAGAAGACCUCGUUCACAUCAUUACUGCUAUUCCUAUGGAGUCUCUUCAAGUGGUCCGACAGGCAGCAGGUGCGAUUAAGGGCGCAACCAUACGUCGCGACGAGACGAGCUUGUCUACCCAGAAAGCGUCCGAAAAAGUAUUUAAAGAAAUGACAUCUGUGCUACAGAGUAGCUCGCGCGGGGGGUCUGGGUACGACACAGUGAUUGACAGCGCCGAGUCAAUAGUGGGGGGAAUGGGUCAAGUCCUUGGAGCAGCCGCUGAACAAGUCAAUGUCACCGUCAAACAGAAAAGAGUAACGACGGAGCACACGUGUAAGAGUUUUGACUUUGAAUGCUUAGAGAUGGCGGAGGAAGUGCGUCAAGGAAUUGAACGAAAUGCUUCAAUAAGCGAUGGAGGGGAGCAAGAGGAGAUAAAUCUCGAUACAGAUAGCAAGCAGAGCCGCCAAAUCGCCAAUAGCAUCUUCGAAAUGCUUGGCAUCGUGGGUGAUGCUGUCUUGAAUAAUCAACUUCCGGGUGAGAAACCCUCAUUGGUUAGAACUGCGACAAUCAAGAUGGCUGUUGAGAGAUCGCACCCAGAAACCCUUGCAGGCUCAGUCAUAGGAGACGGCGGGUCAGCCUCGUUCAGGUUGCCAAGCAACGCCAAUCUUUUUCACGGCGGAAAAAGCUGCAACCAGGCCGUGGAAAAACAGAUGAUGGCGAUGGAAGAAAACCCAUUCAAAUGGGAUACGCGAGCCUCCGAAGUAAAAGGCCCAGUCCCAAGCCUCUCGCUCAGUUGCGGCGGAGAGAGACUGGAAGUGAAUAACCUCCAGGAGCCCAUUGACAUCUUGUUUCCACGUGACCAAAAACACGCCGGCGCAAUGCAGGAAUUUUGUCUGAAAGCGAACGAGCGAGGGGGAUGGAACUUCCAUAGAAUUAUUGUCAAGGAUAAUGGCACCGCCGUUAGUGUAGAGAUCGGCGCAAGUACCCAGAACGACUUGUGGGUGUUUUUACAGCGUGGAAGGGCACCAACGGAGUCAAAAUUUAUAACCAGAACGGAGGUUAAAAGGAGCCGUGUCACAGUUAAAACUUCAGUGUACCCGACAAGAUUGUUCUGGUCGGAUAAGGUAGUGAUGGCUGGUACGUAUUACAUUGGAGUCAAAGUUGACCCGGAAGUCGUGAAAGAGGGGGAUUUGUGCGUGAACUACACUCUGAAGUCGUACACUUCCAAAUGCUUGUACUGGAAUGAAACGAGACAACAAUGGCGAUCUGAUGGAUGUGAGGUAGGAAACCAGACAAACACCCGGCAGACUCACUGCAGGUGCACACACUUGACGUCUUUCGGAGGCGCGUUUGAAGUUGCACCUAAUCCAAUUGACUUCAGUGCAGUACUAAAAGGCUUCAGCAAUAUGUUUGACACCGGAAACGUUGCAGUUCUGUUCACAAUCAUGACAAUCUUCCUGUUGUAUCCACUCCUCCUCGCCUGGGCGAGACGUGCUGAUAACCGAGACCUAGUGCAGCUUGGGCCAAUCAAACUACCGAGCACCACAUCAGAUGCCAGGUACCGGUACCAGAUCACAUUCGUCACUGGCAAACAGGGAGGAAGUGGUACCACGGCCCAGGUAUCAUGUACAGUCGUCGGCACGGGUAAGGACAGCGGUGCCUUCGUCCUGAAUGACAGCGAAGAGAGGCCACUCUUUCAGAAAAGAAGCACCAAUUCCUUCAUCCUCUCUGUACCCGGCCCAAUCGGAGCUAUCACCGCUCUUAAGAUCUGGCACGAUAAUUACGGUACCGAUCCUUCCUGGUAUUUGAAACAGGUGGUAGUCCUUGACUGUCAAACAGAUGAGAAGUGGCUGCUACUUUGUGAACGGUGGUUAGCGGUAGACAAAGAGGACGGGGAGAUUUCACUGGUGCUCACACCCGCCAGCAUGGAUGAAUUGACAACGUUUAAGGCCCUCUUUAACAGCAAGCUCACGAAGGAUAUUACUGACAAACACUUGUGGUUUUCUGUACUUUUUCGUCCGGUACGAAGUUCCUUUACUCAUGUGCAGAGAGUCUCGUGUUGUUUGUGCCUGCUCUGUACUGCGAUGGUCACUAAUGCCAUGUUCUAUGGACAAGGGCCUCAGGAAAGCGCCAAUGACGACAGUCAGGUGAAGAUUGGACCAAUCAGGUUCAGUAUGACGAGCGUAGUAAUCUCCAUAUACACUUGCCUUAUUCUGAUACCUGUUAACCUUGUCAUCGUGACAAUAUUCAGGAAGGUAAAGACCAAACUUACCAUUAAUGGCAAUAAUAACCCCACCAAAAGAAGUCAAAAGCCUGACAUUUUCAAGGCCAGCGAUCCCGGUGGAUUUUCACAUAGAAAAUUCUCAAACAAUAUCAGCAUCGUGUCAGAUUCAAGAAGAACUUCGAGCGAUUCAGGGAUUGAUCUAGGCUUUAAAAACAAUGCUGUAAGCACCGAAAAGGAACCCUCUCAACUCCAUAUCAAGAACUACAGAGAUGAUGUUGUGAGAAGGUUAUCGGGAGCCGGGAAGCAGGGCGAAGACAUAGAUCACUCUUCCGCUGACCAUGUGAAAAGCAGGGACACUACCAAUCUAACUGUCAAUAGCAUGAGCACUGAUAACAAAACCCAAGAAGUAAAAAACAAGUACCACAGCUUGCCCAUACUCGAGGGAAACAACGAGGCCCAAACAUACAAUGUGUUGACGUCAAAUAAGGUUAUCUCAGAAGAGAAACCUGGAAACAAAUCCCGUUGGACAAUCGGACCGCUGCCUCACUGGUUCGUGCAUGUCGCCUGGUUCUUGUGUAUUACGUCAUCAGUGACGUCAGCACUGUUUACGCUGUUCUACAGCAUGACGUGGGGGAAGGAGAAGUCGGAAGAGUGGCUUCUCGCGAUGGUUUUCUCGUUCACUGUGGACGUGCUGAUCAGUCAGCCAAUCAAAGUGGUGGUUAUAUCGGUGCUGUUUGCCUUGAUCAUUAAGAAACCUCAUGUCCAUGAGGAAUCAGACGAGGCCACCACUGACAAAGAUCCAGGUGUGGAGUGGGUUAAAGAUGCCAAUGAUGUGAUAACUGAAGACAUCAGGGAAAAGGAACUCCAGCUUCACCGGGAACCAGCCAAAGACGAGCUCCAACAGCUGCGACAUCAGAAGAUGAAGGAGAAAAAGCUCAGAGGUUAUAUAAAAAUGCUCCUGUUUUACAGCUUGGUGUUGGCGCUUGUGUCUGUGAUCGCUCAGGGUCAUAUCAGUAGCCAAUCCUUCCACUUCAGACGAUCCAUGGAGAGAAACCUCAUAGAGCCACUCAACAAAUCAAGCCUGAGCACGGGGAAAAUGAGUCAGGUUACCAACGUGAACAAGUUCUGGGACUACGUCCGACAAACUCUCCUUCCCGGACUAUAUGAGCAAGCGUGGUACAAUGGUGAGCCCGCGGGCCUCAGCGGAUUUACUGCAAGCCGUCAAUCACAUAGAGUGGGAGUGACAAGACUGAGGCAGCUCAGAGUGACGAAAGGUGGCUGUCCCAUAUCAAAGCACGUGCACGAGCAUUUCCGGGAAUGCAACAUGGCGUACACACAAGACAAAGAAGACCAUUACAACUACAAACCGCGGUGGGCUUACAGUACCACGCUUAAACCUCACGAGAGGAUCAUGGGUAGGCUCUCACCAUGGCACCACCUCACCGCGUCCAAAGCUAACCACAGCUUACCCGUGAUAGGAACUUUCUCAGUCUACAGUGGAGGUGGCUAUAUAGCAGAGCUUGGGAACGACAAGGAUUACGCAAAAGCUUAUGUUGAUUAUCUCAUGCGUACCCAUUGGAUUGAUAAAUACACACGUGCUGUGUUUAUUGAGGGGGCUCUGUACAACGCUAACGUGAAUUUGCUUACUGUGUUCGAUGUCUUUGUUGAGUUCGGCAGAGCUGGGCUUGCCAUCCCGAAAGUCAACUUCAAAAUAUUUAGCGUGUACACAGAGCUCAAUAGUGGUUUUGUAUUCUAUUCCACGUGCGAGCUUCUCUUCGUGUUUCUGAUGUUGGUGAUUACGUACUCUUUGGUUCGACGUCUUGUUCGCCAAAGGUUGACAUAUUUCAAGAAGUUUUGGAACUGGAUUGACUUGGCACUUUGUGCAACCAGUAUUACGUGCGUCGUUCUUUAUGCAAGGCAAAUACUUCUAAUCAAAAAAGCGGGAAAACUAUUGAAGCAGGAUCGCUCGACGUUCCUAGAUCUCUACGAGUGUGCCACUACCGUACAGAAUAUGAUUUACUCGGCCGCUCUACUUAGCUUCCUGGUAGUGGUAAAGCUUCUUCAUUCAAUGAGUUUCUCGAGGAGCUUGCAACUGUUAAAAGGGACGCUAUCGCACGCAGGAAAACAGGUACAUUGUUUCUUGCUGAUGCUGGCAAUUCUCAUGAUGGCCUACACAUCAAUGACAUUCCCAGUGCUGUGCCCUUACACAGAAGGAUUCAGUACGAUGCCCGAGACUCUGAAAUCCUUGUUUUCCAUUCUUCUUGGUAAACUUGACUACAAUAAUGACUUUGUGUUGACGUCUGACUUCCAGCGACUGGUCCAGUUAUUUCUGCUGUGCUAUGGCGUCUCAAUGAUAUUUGUUUUCAUGAAUUUUCUGUUGUCGAUCAUUAAUAAUGUUUACGCUGACAUAGAAGACGACGAGGAGUUCCAGAAGAACCGGUUUGACUUCUUUGAUAUGGUGAAAGACAAAGUUAUGGAUGUUUUUGGGAUGAAUAAACAGCCGGAAAGGGAAAUGCCGAAAGAAAAAGAAACAGAUUUCAAGGAAUUGCAUUUAAAAAGAAACAUACAAUACAUUCUCAAUACACAAGUCGCGAGGCUGAAUAAAUCACUAGAGCUCAUCAUUUUCGACGAUCGAAAGGAAGAAUUCCAGUGCUACAAACAAUUUGCAAUUGCGAAGGGGGUAAGGGUCGAUGCAGGAUGUGACAACAAAGGAUUUGAAGAUGAAAUCUUUGACGACGAAAACACACAAGAAAACACACAAGACCAAGCUUCUGACAGUGUGCUAUUGAUGUUGCUGAACAAGAAGAAAAGGAGAUUAGAGGAGUUGGACAAACAGGGUGAUACUACUACUGAUGAAAGAACACAUCUUUUAAAGGUUAUACAAUGCCUCCAUGAGUUAUUGGAACUGACCCUGCGAGGAAAACAGGAUCAUCAAAGCCAAAUAGUGAAAUAGAAAUAAGCGGUAAAAAUAAAAAUAAGAACCCCAGUACAUACUGUACCCCCACCCCCAUAGACGUGCUAAACUUUUCAAAACUCGAGAAAAAAACAAUCCUGAUAUUUCAUUAUCUAUACUAAGUUAUAUAAUACGCUAAGGAAUGGAUUGUGCUCCACCUUUCACGGAAAAAUGGCUGAGCUAAAACCAUUUCCACACAUUACAUAUUACAAAAUGUUUUUUUAUUUCAAUAUUAUACAGGGGAGCAAAUAUCUAACUCACGCGUUUUUGUAAGCGAGAGGAUCACCCUCGCAAAGGUGCCAUUUUCAAGAUUUCACCGAAGCACAAAAAUAAUUUAUUUCCCGCAGCAAAAAGGACUAAUGACCUUCAGACCUCCGUGUCUCUCAAGAAAAACACAAAAAGUAUACAGUAAUAAGUCUAUCACCAAAAAUAUCAUCGUAGAGGAGAAAUCUUAUUCUUUAGACAAUUUCGGAAGAUGUGUAAACAAACCUCCGAGCGCGAAUUCGAAUACUUGCCGUAGUUUUAUUGCAUACAAAGAUUAAUUGUAGCUAAAAGACACAACCGUCUUUUUUUAUCGUUAUUUAGAAAGGCAUUAUUUCUACCUUGAAAAGAAAGUAGAUUCUUUUGCUCCAUCGCGCAUAAACAAAACGGUUCGCAAACAAGGAAACGGAAGAAAAGAGCUACAACUGCAAGACAUUUGACUUUUUGAACAACUUCAGUUCAAUCCAUUAAAGGAACGGUGCAUAAACGCUUAUUUAAUCAUAUCAAAAUGGUGCACAACUAUCAAAUCAAUCUCGAUAUAAAAAGUAAGAUAUAAAAG